AUGUCUGCCCCGCGCAAGACUGUUCUAGUCACUGGCGCCACCGGCAAGCAAGGCGGCGCUCUCAUCCAGAGCCUCCUCUCAAGCCCUGACACGGCCGGGUUCAACAUCAUCGCGGUAACGCGAGACGUCGCCAGCACACGGGCGCUGAAGCUUGGAGCGAAUUUCAACGUGUCCGUCGUGGAUGGAGACAUGGCCCAGCCCGAGGCCAUUUUCCAAAAAGUCAGCCCUGUGUGGGGUGUGUACAGCGUGCAGGUUAACUCGGACGCAGAGGAGCAGCAAGGCAUGGCCAUCGUCGACGCGGCAGUUGCUCAUGGCGUGCGCCACUUCGUCUAUUCAUCAGGUGACCGUGGUGGCCCCGAGAAGUCUCCCAUCAAUCCUACCAAAGUUAAAAACUUUGCUGCCAAGUACCGCAUUGAGAAUCACUUGGUGGAGAGGGCCACGGCCAGCCCACAAAAGAUGACUUACACGAUCCUACGGCCGGUGACGUUCUUUGAGAAUCUCACUACCGAUAUCCAUGGGAAGGGAUUCGCCCGCAUGUGGGAGCAAAUGGGGGACAAGAAGCUGCAGUUCGUGUCGACUCGGGAUAUUGGUCGGGUUGCGGCCUACAGCUUCAUGCGUCCCCACGAAUACCGCAAUGUUGCUUUGACAUUGGUGGGCGAUGAGCUAACCCAAACAGAGGCCGAGACCAUGUUUAAGGCUGCCGUGGGAUUCUCUAUGCCCUUGGCUCCUUGCCCCGUGGCUUCAACAGUCAAGUUCCUUUUGAAGGGUACGGUGGGCGAUAUGUUCCGUUGGUUUGAGAGUGAAGGGUAUGGAGGUGAUGUGGCUGCAUGCCGCCAGCUCUACCCUGGGAUGAAGGACUUCAAAGCCUGGAUCGAGGAGAACAAGGGUCAGUGGUCGACCUAG